AUGAUAUAUAUAUAUUCUACACCUAUAACUUAAAUGUAACGUCUGUGAAAUGCGAACGUGAGUGACCGGAUUUAUAAUCUCGUUGGUGUCUAUGGGUUGUUCUUCACCUAUUGGAGAAUAGUUAAGAAAACUAUAGGGCUAUAUCCAUAAUUUGUAAAUAUCCAUAAUAAAAUCAGGUAAUUUGUCUUCAAAGUUGUUCAAUGUUCAGUUUCAGUUGUUCAAUCACUCAGUGCAUUCGAUGAGAUAGCGGCAACAACCUUAAAAUAUUUUUAAAAACUUUUUAAUACAAUUUUGGAAAUAGACCUAUAAAUGGGGGCAGAAAAAUCCACACCUAAAUGUAACAUAACUAAAAAUGAACUAGAAGUUGCACUUGAAAAACAAAGAAAAAUAUUUGAAAAGCAGACACAAACAUUACUAAAUAUUCAACGUGACGCCUUAGUAAAAUCACAGGAAAAACAAAGAACAAGUGAGGCAACAAGUAACACUUGGAAUACCCCAGGUUCAUCGGCAACGAAUUCAAUAUAUCCUAAUCUGCCAGGCACGUUAAAUGGCAACCCAGUUUUCCCGCCCGAUUUACACCUAAAUAGGAAUUUGUUUGUGCAAAAUGUGCCGAAAGAACCAGCCUAUUUAGAUAACAGUUUUCAAGUUCAGAAUCCAUGUUUGACACCAACAGCUCCACCGCUACCAAUUGAUACGAACGAAUCGCAAUCUUGUACCAUGCAAUCGCGUCGACCACAAACAAUUGGCCAACCAAUUAAUAACUUGUUUCGUAUGCGGUGUCCCAAUUACAGUCAUGGAUGCUCAUUACGUUUAGAAAAACAUCAACUUACUGUCCACGUUGAACAAUGUCCUUUCAAUGAUUUAAUAUGUCCUAUUAACAGUUUAAAUGGAUGUUCAUGGAAAGGCAAGGUUGAUCAAAUCAAAUUCCAUUUCGCCGAAGUACACCCUCAAUGUUCAAAAAUCGAAAUAAAUAAGGAGGACAUUUUACACAUCGGUGGUAACUAUCAGUUCAUAAAUUUAAUUACUCUUGGCUCGUACAUGUUUUUACUGCACCUACAAGUAGACCAACAGAAGAAAAAAGUUAGCUUUGGAAUACAACUUAUCAGUUCGAUGGUCAGCGCAGCGAAAUGGACUUAUGUCAUUCGGAUCUAUAAUAAAAAGGAGCCCCGGAGGUUAUUUGAGUAUGGUGACAAAUGUCACUCGAAUUGUGUACCGCUUCAAGAUAUCACCGACCAAUUUGCGAUAAUAGACCUCGACUAUGCGAAAACAUUCUCAGAGCAAGAUAUGAUAACAUUUAAAAUUUUCUUGAGAAAAGAUUUUCACCCGAGUGACAUAAAAGAACAACAUAAAGGGAAACCGCCUCACGGUUUAAAUAAAAGAUGGCAAAGAAGCCAAUUAAACUGAUAAUUAUGACGUAACGCCGACGCUGUUAUUUUAUGAUUUAUACAUUUUGUGACGAAUUUUUUUAAACCCAACUAUAAAAGCAAUCCAAAAAUGUCACAAUUGUGUUCUAGUUUGAAUAUCCGCUCAUGAUUUUGAAUUAAACAUAUUAGUUGUAUUAACUAUAAGGUCUGAUAGUGAUCAGAUUCACCUUAUAGUUAGGUAUCACUAUACUUAUGAAAUGUUUAAUAUUUAAUUAUUCUUGUCUUGUUUUUAAUACAUACUUAACCUGUACUAUCUAUCAUAACAAUAUCCUUGUAUUUAUUAAUUGUAGUGAGAUCAAUAAUACUUUAAGGUACCCUAUGCCUUACAGGUACAGGUAAACCUUACAGGUUUAAGUUUAAAGUGGUAAGGCCUAUACUAGGUAGGCUUUUAAUUGUCUGUAUUUGUUUUAUUUUAUAAGCUAAAAUGUGUAAGUAAUUAAUUGUUUGUAUGAUAUGGUUUUAUAUCAGUCUAUGCAAAUAUAUGAUUUUAAAUAUUA